AUGCAGGAAGGGUGUCAACAAAGUAGAGCAUCAUGUGACUGUGUAUUUUUUGAGACGGCAAAGACCGACGGAACCGACCUCUUAUUGCACCCGCUUCAGCAACUUGCUCUCUUCCCCAACUUUUUAUUCCAAGUCGCCCAACUAAAUACUUGUAAAAAUGGCCUAACUUGGAGCAAGGCAAGCAUCAUCAGUGACAGCUACGUGGAUUGCUUUUGGGCCGAUACCCGGUACAACCCACAUCGCCCGGAAGCCCUCAAUAAUACACGAAUAUCAUCAUCUUCGGCUGCGUUUCUUCAUCUGAAAGCUUUUAUGCCCCCAGAAUUAAAAAUGGAGCGCGCUUCAGCUGCCAGAAGUCGCCCUAUAGUUCGCGCCAGUCCAGAGCAAACUGCCAUUCUAAAGGCGUUAUAUUUGGUUGUCAGAUCACCCACCCAGGAGCAAUUGGCGGCUUUGAGCGAACAGACUGGUUUAACGAUUAAAUGGGUUUCUCAGUGGUUUGCACGCCAAAGGACCAAAGAUCGCAAAAACAAUCCAGAAACAUCUACUCGUAAAGGGUCUACUCGACUGGGCGCCACUGGGCGUGGAUCUAUGGACGUCAUGCGUUCCCCUGAGGACAUUCUUCAAGUUAAACUUGAAGAUGGAGAUCCCAUAGGCGCAUUGGCGUCGUCUCCUGGUGCUACAAGUGUAUCUGAAUACGCGACUACGUUGUCUGCUUCUUCAUCUUCUAUUGUGCUUGACCUGACGCAACCUGGGCCUACUAUUGAAUCUUCCCAGAAUAGACGACGAACUGGACCUAGAAAUACAUCGUCGUCUACCACUCGGUCUUUAAGGAGCAGACGCAAAGGACCUGCUAUAAUUGAAUCUCCACGUGUAAAGAAGGAACUGAUUGAAUUGUCUCUUUCUGCUGCCGCCGACAGUCCCUCUCAAUCAGACAACCAGUCGGCUGCAAACAUGGGUGCGUAUCCCGGUGGUAAUCACGGUCAGACUCAGACUGCGGCUACGUCUUCUGGUUCUCGAUCUACUGCAUCCGCUAGCUACCUAGAUAUUCUUCCUAUGCUGGGUCCGCCCAAAAGGUCUCCUAUGGCCACUGGUGUCAAUCAUGGAGGGCCAACUCGAAGGAGGUCUAGUGUCUCUGGUGCGAAAAAAUCGCACAAUAUAUAUGCGCCUUCGCAUGCAGAGGCAAGCCCUCUGGGAGGAGAUUUCCACGACACUGUGACCCAUGAUUCCCCUGCUCAACCACGCGCUCCGAAAAAUCAGAGGGCAGCGUUCUACCAGCAAGGCCCAGUGCUUCGGACGCAAUUUUACAACAAUGGCCCGUCGAACUAUAUGUCUUCCCCUUUGGAUGAAAAUGCUCCUUCUGUUGCCCAGUCUAUGGCGUGUCCUGCAGCUGUUUAUGACUAUUUCAGUGUUGAUCCUUCUUCGCCUUUGCCUUCUGGGAGUAUCGCGCAAAUGCCGCAGGCCUCGUUGGCGCCUGCAUUUGACUGGGAGAACCAUAUCCCGUUCCAACCGGUAGAACAGGUUAAGAUAUACUGUGGACAGGACACGAACUACAUGCAGUCAAACUACUACAAUGCAGAGCCGCACCCACUGGACCCACUGCACGCGCCGGUAAAGUACCUGACGCACAUUCUAGACGAGUUCCGAGACGAGCAGGGAAUGUAUGUGGUGAACGAGGAGCUGAAGGCGCGGCUUGUUGGGGAGGACGUAGUGGCGCGGGAUCCAUUCCAGGCAGCAAUGGGGCUGUCGUUUCUGUCGCGGAUUGGAGUCGAGUGGUAG